GGAAAGCGUUCUAAAGGUGUUGCUGGAACACACCGCACAUUGCGCUCUUUCCUCUUAUUUUAUUUCAGUAGUUUUCACUCAGCAAAGCAAGCUGUCACAUUAUAGUUGCAAUUGUUAUUGUUUCUAUUAAUUGUAAAAAGUAACCGUAAUGACCCUCAAAAGAAGAUUUUCUAAAUAUAGGACAAUUUAUUAUAUUAAUUAAAAUGUGAACAGGUUAUUAAAAUGAUUAUUCAUUGUAUAGUUUGACGUUUGUAGGUAAUAUAUUUCAGCAAUAAAUUAUUAAAUUAUGCGUGAGUAAAAUGAGUGGUGAUAUUCAAAACGCUGUGCUGCUGAGCACUUUUCAGAAUGGUAAGAAGAAAAUAAGAAUCAUUCUGCACCAAGGUAGCAUUGUUUGGGACAAUGUAAAACCCCCUUCUGAACAAAACAGUCUGCCUAUUGAGAAUAUAAUAGCAGUGCAGAACAGUUAUUUGAGGGGUACACAUCCUUCAGAUGAAAAGCAAUUUGAUCUCAAUGCCUUUACAAUACACUAUGCAGAGAGAGGCAAACAAGCUAAAUGGUUAUACAAAAGUUUAAAGUUAAAGCAUUCGGAUCCUCUCCAAGUUGCUAGUUGGGUCAAAACUCUACAGAAUCAUCUGAAAUGUUUCAAAAAGAGGCCCAAGCAUUUGUUGUUGUUUGUGAAUCCUUUUGGAGGUAAAAGAAAUGCGAUGCAGAUAUACGAAAAGUACGGCAAAGAUUUGUUCAGAAUCGCUGGCGUCGAUGUUACUUUGAACGUAUCUCAAAGAAAAGAUCAAAUAAAGGAUUUUUUAAUCAGUCACUGCUUAGAUAUGUUCGAUUCUAUAGCUUGCGUGGGAGGUGACGGGACAGUAUCGGAGAUAUUCAACGGCCUAGUUUUGAGAGAAUGUAAGUUAAGAGGCGUCGAUCCUGAUGAUAUUAACGAAAACUUGCCAAAGCCCAGAAUUCCAGUUGGUAUCAUACCAGGUGGCAGUACUGACACGAUAGCAUAUUGCCUCCAUGGUACCACGGAUCCCACAACAGCCGUACUACAAAUUAUUUUUGGGGAUUCACUGGGACUCGAUUUAGUGUCUGUCUAUGACGAGCACAGUUUACUUCGGUUAUACGCCAGCGUUUUAAGUUACGGAUAUUUAGGAGAUGUGGCUUAUCAUAGUGACCAAUAUAGGUGGAUGGGACCCCACAGAUAUGAUUAUUCUGGUUUUAAAAAAUUAGUGAUGAACAAAGGUUACCAGGGCGAAAUAGCAAUACACUCAGAAUCCACUAAAGUGGAAGAGAUUUUAUGUAGAGAGAACUGUAAUAGAUGCGAAUCUUGUAAAAAAACUUGUGAUGUAGAUUGUAAAUGGCACACAGUGUCAGGAAAAUUCUUCAUGGUUAGUGGUGCAAACAUUAGUUGUGCCUGUAGUCGAAGUCCUAAAGGUAUAGCACCGUACAGUCACUUGGGAGAUGGAAUGCUUCAUUUAGUAUUGGUGAAACACACUUCAGUAUUCAACAAUAUCAGAUUGCUAUUACGAUUAUCGAGCGGUGGAUCGACAAUAGAGGACUUACCAUUUGUCCAAACGUACACUGCCAGAGAAUUCUGCUUCAGAGCUGUAAAUGCUAAGAGCAAAUGGAACUGUGACGGCGAGGUUCAACAACAGACGAAUAUCCGAGCAAAGGUACGUUGUCAAUUGCUUUCAGUUCUGAGUCGUGGCUGUCCAUUAGAUACGCCGAAGAAAUCAACAUGUUGUGGAUUUUAAGCCUUCUCAAUUGCCUACUUAAACAAAUUUUUAAGUAUUAAUUCAGUAUUUUACUCGUGUAUUUAUAAACUACGUGAAUGAAAUCAUUUUCAUAUGUAUAGACUGCUCUCUUUUCAUAUUAUGUAUGCGGUAGAGUCAGGGAAAUUUUUUUCAAUGAAAACCAUUACAGAGACAAGUUAUAUUUUGUAAGAAACAAAACUCGAUUUGUAUACAACUUCAGUAUAAACAAUUUGAAAAUGUCACAUUACACAUAUAUGUAUGAAAUAUAUGAGCUCAAUCACUAGUUUUAGUCAUUUCCUCAGUGGGGAUACAUUUUAGCUCUUGGUGAUUUUGUAGCAAAUCAAAAUAGCGAGGCCGACUUACUUAAUGUUAGCUCUAUACAUUAUAGACUGAAGCUCAUUCCAGUACUGCUAAUAAAGUAUAUUUUCAAAAAGAAAAA